CGCGGAUCAACGUAUGGACGACGGCAUGGCGAUGGUUUUCGACGCCGCGGAGCUGCAGCACGAGCUGGAGAUUUUGGGUCGUCCCGUCUUCGAGGUGGAGUUAACGUGUGACAAGCCAAAGGCGAUGCUGUUCGCCCAGCUCAGCGACGUCUCGCCGGAUGGCGCAGUGAGUCGCAUUUCCUUUGGCGUGAAGAACGUGACACAAGCCGCAGGCGACCAAAGAAUUGAAUACCUCCAAGAGGGGAAGCGGGUUCGUGUCAGGGUUCUGCUGAACUAUUGCGCUCAUCGUUUCACGAAAGGCCAUCGUAUUCGCCUCUCUCUUGCGAACAGCCAAUGGCCAAUGUUUUGGGUAUCGCCUGAGAUCAACACCCUGUCGUUGGACCUCAGCACGGCCACGGUGCGGCUACCCACGUACCGCGGGCCGGCCAUUGCCGGUCCAAACCCGCAGCCAGAAACAGCCGCUCCCACCCCCCUCACGGUCCUGCGUGCGGGGUUUGUGGAUCGGUCCAUCACUUACGACAUUGUUAAGGAUGAGUGGACAUGCAUCACAGAUGGUGUGGGCGGUGUCUUUGGCGAGGGAGUUUACCGCUUCGAUGAAAUUGGCACAGCCGUGGAGCACAACUUGAGGCGAGAGCUAAGACUCUCCAACAAGGACCCGCUCUCCGCAAGGUACGACAUCAAGCAGAAGAUGAAGAUGGGGCGCCCUGGAUGGGAGGCGGAUAUUGACAUUGACACUCGCCAAACGUGUGACGCGAACUAUCUUUACGUAACCGCGGAGAUACAAGCAAAGAUGAAUGACGAGAUCGUCUUCGAGAAGAAUUGGUCGCGUCAAGUGUACCGUGAAGGGAUGUGA